UUCAGGUGGCAUGUAUUAUAAUACAAAGAUCCUCAUCGUUUACAUGUUUUCCAGAAACGUCUCCAAAAGGAAAGUCAAGUUUGUAAGCUUUCCUAAUAACGCCUACGUAGAGCCAAUGCUUUUGCUAAUUUACUUGAUAGACUAACCGUCAUCAUUCCUUCAACUACAGUAUGCUCUGUUCGAUUUUAAACAUGUUUUAUUUAAUUAAAGAUGCUCUUCACGUGUUCGUGAUUUUAAGAUUUUCUUGUACGAAACAUGACAUAUUUCAGGAUAAAAAUGUUAUUUAAAAUGCCCUUAGCUGUAAUGCUUUUCGCACAAUCAUCGCCACAGAUUCUCGCGGGAGACGUUAAAACAAAUAUCGGUUUCAGGCAAGUGACCAUUACUACUUCAAAAAUUAUUUAUCGGUCUAAAAUCACGGUUUAAAAUCACCUUACAUUACGAUAUCCACUUUCUCACAUCAUGAUUGCCUUUCCACAUUUAUUAAACAUUCACUUCGUCACUUACAGCGUCUGUGCGUGUCAGUCGAUAGCUUGAAAUCACCGUCAGAUGAGGUUCUGUAAAAAGAAAUAUUAAUAAAUGCUAGGGGAAACGAUAAACACAUGCUUUCUCAUUGUGUGUGAGGGGCAACAAAGGCAUGCGGGUUGUUUUCAAGACAAGUAAUGUCCCAUACAAUUAUCUUCGCGCAAGGAAAGCAUAACUGCAUACGGAUAGGAAAAAGAAUACAUGAAAGCACCCAUUACAGCGGCAAUUGGCAUAACAUAUUAAUAGUUUACAGGCAGUCUGUGCGCAAUUGAAUCGUCGAAGGGUUGGUACUAUGUAAAAGUGUGCUACCACCACUACUCCAAUUUCCAUUGCAGGCAGAGUUUGCGUCAAUUCACUCUUCAGUCGAAACGCCAUUACACGUUCGAGUCCAAACGAAUCACUUCAUGACAAAAGUGUGAAUUGUUUCUCUUCCGAGGGUCUAUUUAUUCGUUUAUCAUCGAGUUCUCUUGCUCGUAAAAUGCGUAAUUGUUUUCAUCUUGCUUCGCUAUGUUUGGGAACGUAACUCCAGAGAGGGCCAUAGAGUUUACUUGGUACAGCGUAGCUUUGAACUACUGUUGGCCACCGCCAUCGACAGCCACCAGACCUCGGAUGAUUUAUUUCAAGAUCGUGAGGAUCCUAGCGAUUCUUAGCGCCUUUGCACUCGUUCUACCCCUUUUGUACUCACUCCACGUGCACCGGAACGAUCCAGUCAUCUUCACCAAAGCGGCCUGCCUCGCAGCAUCUGUUUCACAGAUCCCGAUGCAAUCAUUUUUCUGCAUUGCUCAUCACGAUCGCCUCCAGGUGUUGACCGAACAGAUGGUGGAUUACUGCGCGAAAGCGAGGUCGUACGAAAGGUUCGUGCUGCAACGUUACGUCAACAAGUACUCAACGUUCUACGGGGUGUCAGCGACUUGGUUCUACUUGACGGCGACUGUCGUCGUCGUGGGAUCAUUGUUCGUAGAUCAGCCCUUCCCAACGGAAGCAGAGUACCCGUUUCCUGUAAAUUUCAUGCCUCUGAGGACGACGCUCUUCAUCCACCAAGCGUUUGUUGGUUUGCAGUGCGCCGCCAUCGUUUGCAUGAACGUGUUCGCUGCUCUCCUUUUGUUGUUCGCAGCUGCUAGGUUUGAAAUUUUAAUGCUGGAACUGCGCUCUGUUCAGGACAUCGAAACGUUGAUACAAUGCAUACGAAAGUACUACCAUGUGAGAAAAUAUGCACAGGAAGUGGUUACGUUUGUGCAGUAUACAGCACUCUCCACGACGAUAGUAGCCAGCGUUCUACUCGUACUCAGUGGUUUUCACAUCGUCGGACGACAACCGCUUGCAAUCAAAGUGCAAUUUAUAUUCCUGGCUCUGACUGCACUGGUGGAGGUUUUCAUGUGCGCCUGGCCAGCUGACAACUUGUUGGAGGUGGUGAGUUUUUCCUCGUCAUCUUUGUGGAUUUUUCAUUGGAAUCAUGUACGUGUUAAUUUUUAUCUGUCAGAGCGAAAGUGCUAUUCGAAGCUUGUACGAUAUGGGAUGGUACGAACAAUGUUUGAAGAUGCAGAAGACAGUGAUGCAAACGUUGCUACCUCAGAAGCCGAUAGUAAUCAGUAUCGCGUGUGUCAUUCCAGUCUUGUCGUUGAAUUAUUAUUGUUCGAGAGGGCUAUAGAGUUUACUUGGUUCAGCGUGGCUUUGAACUAUUGCUGGCCACCGCCAUCGACGGCCACCAAAUUUCAGAUCACCUUAUACAAGUUCAUCAAGCUUCUGGUGAUUCUUAGCGCUGCAGGACUCGCUCUUCCUCUCUUGUACUCGCUCCACGUGCAUCGCAACGACCCAAUCAUCUUCACCAAAGCAGCUUGUUUAUGCGUGGCUGUUACACAAAUACCAGUACACUCGUCUUUCUGUCUCGCCCAUCACGAGAGGCUUCAGGGGUUGCUCGAACAGAUGACAGAUUAUUGCGCGAAAGCCAAGUCGUACGAACGAUUCGUGCUACAACGUUACGUCAACAAAUACUCGACGUUUUACGGGGUGUCCGCGACAUGGUUCUACGUUACCGCGGCUAUUUUCGUCGUUGGAACUCUGUUCGUCGAUCAGCCCUUUCCAACAGAAGCGGAGUACCCGUUUAACGUUGAUUACGAGCCUCUGAGGACGACGCUUUUCCUUCACCAAACAGUCGUCGGUUUUCAGUGUGCUGCGAACGUGUGCGUGAACGGGUUUGCUGCGAUGCUGCUGUUAUUCGCAGCUGCUAGAUUCGAGAUCAUAAUGAUAGAGCUGCGCGCUGUUCAAGAUAUCCAAAUGUUGGUAGAGUGCAUACAAAAGUAUUACCACGUGAAAAGAUACGCGCAAGAAGUGGUCACGUUUGCGCAGUACAUAGCUCUCACCGCGACGAUUGUGGCCAGCUUUCUGCUCGUACUCUGCGGUUUUCAUAUUGUCGGACGGCAACCGCUUGCGAUAAAAUUGCAAUUCUUAUUCUUGGCUAUGACUGCGCUAAUGGAAGUUUUCAUGUGCGCCUGGCCGGCUGACAACUUGUUGGACGUGAGCGAAGGUGCUAUUCAAAGCUUGUACGAAGUAGAUUGGUACGAUCAAGAUUUGAACAUGCAGAGGACCGUGAUGCAAACUUUGGUACCUCAGAAACCGAUAGCCAUCAGCAUUGCGUGCGUCAUCCCAGUCAUGUCGUUAAACUAUUAUUGCUCGCGGUUGAUAGAAGAGAUGAUACUUUACUGCGAGAAAGCGAAAUCGUAUGAAAGUUACGUGUUCCAACGGUGCGCGCAAAGCUAUAGCGCGUUUUAUGGAGUGUCUGCGAUCUGGUUCUACGUGUCAGCGUGUACCGUUGUCGUAGGAAGUGUGUUGAUAUCUCAGCCUUUUCCGACCAAAGCUGAAUAUCCGUUCGCUGUGGAUUACGAGCCCUUGAGAACGAUUAUUUUUCUUCAUCAAGCUCUAGUUGGUAUGCAAUGCGCUGCACAUGCAUGCAUCAACAUGCUUGGUGCUCUGCUGCUGUUGUUUGCGGCUGCACGGUUCGAGAUUCUGAUGAUGGAGCUGCGAAACAUCACCGACGUUCAUAGCCUGAUCGAGGGAGUAAACAAAUAUCACUCUGUGAAAAGAUACGCAGAGGAAGUGGUCAAGUGUGUUAAAUUAAUUGCCCUGAACACUCUAGGACUAUGCGGAGUGGCGCUUGUGCUAUGCGGCAUUAGUUUCAUCGGGCGCGUGCCGCUCACGAUAAAAUUGCAAUUCUUAUGCUUGGGUGGAACUGGAUUGUUAGAGGUAUUCAUGUGCGCCCUGCCAGCGGAUCGCUUGAUGGACGUAAGCCAAAACGCCAUCUCAGGUGCAUACGAAUCGCCGUGGUACGAGGAAACAUUGAGAAUGCAGAAGAACGUGCUUCAUAUGCUGAUGCCACAGAAAGAAGUAGCCAUCAGGAUCAAGGGUAUCGUUCCAGUUCUCUCUUUGAACUACUACUGCUUGUCGCUACAUUCGUUUGUCAUGUUUGGAAACGUAACAUUCGAAAAAGCUAUCGCGUUCACUCGUAUCAGCGUGGCUUUGACCUUCUGUUGGCCGCCUCGUUCCAAAGCUACCAAGUCUCAGGUACUCCGUUUCAAGGUCCUCAGAUUAGGAGUAAUUCUAAGCGCAUUCGGGCUCUUUUUCCCCUUGACGUAUGCACUGUACGUGCAACGCGACGACUUCACCAAUUUUGCUCAGGCGGGAUGUAUGUUACUGGCUGUUAUCCAAGUGCUCCUGCAGACGAUUUUCUGCAUCAACCAGUACGAUCGUCUUCGGCGGGUGAUAGAAGAGAUGAUACUUUACUGCGAGAACGCGAAGUCGUAUGAAAAUGUCGUGUUCCAACGAUACGUGGAGAGAUAUAGCACGUUUUACGGAGCGGCUGCAAUCUGGUUCUACGCGGCAGCGUUUACGGUUGUCGUGGGGAGCGUGUUGAUUCACCAGCCCUUCCCGACCAACGCUGAAUAUCCGUUCCCUGUCGACUACGAACCUUUGAGGACCGUUAUUUUCCUGCACCAAGGUCUAGUUGGUCUACAAUGCGCUGCCCAUGUGUCUAUUAGCAUGCUUGGCGCCAUGCUGCUGCUUUUUGCUGCUGCACGAUUCGAGAUUUUGAUGAUAGAGCUACGCAACAUCACCGACCUUCAUAGUCUGAUCAAGGGUGUCACUAAAUACCGCUUUGUGAAAAGAUACGCUGAGGAAGUGGCCAAGUGUGUUAAAUUAAUUGCCCUGUCUACAUUAGCGAUAUGCGGAGGGGUACUUGUGCUCUGCGGAAUUAAUUGCAUAGGGCAAGUGCCAUUCGCGAUAAAAUUGCAAUUCUUUUUCUUGGGUGGAGCUGGAUUGUUAAAAGUAUUCAUGUGCGCGCUGCCAGCGGAUCACUUGAUGGACAUAAGCCAGAACACCAUCCAAGGUGCGUACGAAUCGACGUGGUACGAGCAUCCGUUGACACUGCAGAAGAGCGUGCUGUAUAUGCUGCUUCCACAGAAGGAGGUAGCUAUCAGUAUCAAGGGAAUCGUUCCAGCUCUGUCUUUGAAUUACUACUGUUCGUAUGUCUCCAAUGUGUUCACCAUUUUUACUGCUCUACGGAUGGUGAUGUUGGAGGAAGACGAUGAAAGCUGAGCAUUUCUUGACAACAUGUGAGCUGGACAGUUGUUAACGUAAAUAUAGUAAAUUUUUCCUAUCUCAGUUACGGAAUAAAGAAAUAUAUCUUUAAAAUAUUCGACCUCAUUGAUAUACAUCCACUCUUCCACAAAAGAUCCUUUAUACUCUCUCCUAAGUGUUUUAAAGUGAAGAAAUGAUCAACAUCCUCGAUGAAAAACAUAUCAUAAAUGUAAGAAAAUGUCAGAUUUUUUCAGAUGUGCG